AUGGCGGCUUCAGAGACAGUUCUACGAGCUCCAUUGGGUUCUUUAUCUCCAUCUUUUCACUUAGCUUCCUCCUUCGUCAACUCUACUCCUAUCCUCUCCUUUAAACCCGCUAGUAGAAACCGAAGGGCCUUAAGAUGUACAAACUCGCUUGAGACCUCAAAAUCCGUGGAUAAAGGACGAUCCUUUCACAGUCCAAACUGUGGUUUGAAAGGGAAGAAACUAAUUUCCACGAGAUGCAAAUGCCAGAAACACGAUGUUGAGGAGAACAUGAGACCCACGUUGCUUCCUUCUGAUGGCUUUAGAAGUGAACUGAAAAGCGACUUGGACGAAAUGCCUCUCCCUGCGAAUGGAACUCUUUCAUCUAAUGGCAACGCACAGUCAGCUGGAGGAGCGAAAUCUAUCGAGGACGAAGCGUGGGAUCUCUUGAGGCAGUCCGUUGUUUACUACUGUGGGAGUCCUAUUGGAACGAUUGCUGCUAAUGAUCCCAACUCUACCAGUGUCUUGAAUUAUGAUCAGGUCUUCAUUCGUGACUUCAUUCCCUCCGGGAUUGCUUUUCUUCUUAAAGGAGAGUAUGAUAUUGUUAGAAACUUCAUCCUUUACACCCUCCAGUUACAGAGUUGGGAGAAAACCAUGGAUUGCCAUAGUCCAGGUCAAGGUCUGAUGCCUGCUAGUUUCAAGGUGAAAACUGUUCCUCUUGAUGGUGAUGAUUCAAUGACCGAGGAAGUGUUGGAUCCUGAUUUUGGGGAAGCAGCAAUUGGACGUGUUGCUCCGGUUGAUUCUGGCUUGUGGUGGAUUAUCUUGUUGAGAGCAUAUGGAAAAUGCACUGGAGAUCUUUCCGUGCAGGAAAGAGUUGAUGUGCAGACUGGAAUCAAGAUGAUCUUGAAGCUCUGUCUCGCUGAUGGUUUCGAUAUGUUCCCUACUCUACUAGUCACUGAUGGUUCCUGCAUGAUAGAUCGUCGAAUGGGAAUCCAUGGUCAUCCCCUGGAGAUUCAGGCACUGUUUUAUUCAGCUUUGGUCUGUGCACGUGAGAUGCUUACGCCAGAGGAUGGCUCAGCUGAUCUAAUCCGAGCUCUCAACAAUCGUCUGGUUGCAUUAUCUUUCCACAUCAGAGAAUACUACUGGUUGGACCUGAAGAAAAUAAACGAGAUCUACCGUUACCAGACCGAAGAAUACUCCUACGAUGCGGUUAACAAGUUCAACAUAUAUCCGGAUCAGAUCCCUUCAUGGUUAGUGGACUUUAUGCCCAACAGAGGAGGGUACUUGAUUGGAAACCUCCAGCCAGCUCACAUGGAUUUCAGAUUCUUUUCUUUGGGGAACCUCUGGUCUAUAGUGAGCAGUUUGGCUACAAAUGACGAGUCACAUGCAAUUCUUGAUUUUGUGGAAGCCAAAUGGGCAGAACUUGUAGCGGAUAUGCCGUUCAAGAUCUGUUACCCUGCUCUGGAAGGUGAAGAAUGGCGAAUCAUAACCGGAAGUGAUCCAAAGAACACUCCUUGGUCUUAUCACAAUGGAGGUGCCUGGCCAACUUUGUUAUGGCAGCUGACAGUAGCGAGCAUCAAAAUGGGAAGGCCAGAGAUAGCAGAGAAGGCGGUUGAGUUAGCCGAGAGACGGAUUGCUAUUGACAAAUGGCCUGAGUACUACGACACCAAAAGAGCAAGAUUCAUCGGUAAACAGGCACGGCUUUACCAGACUUGGUCCAUCGCGGGAUACCUCGUGGCAAAGCUCCUCUUGGCAAAUCCAGCUGCAGCAAAGUUCCUCACUUGUGAAGAGGAUUCGGAUUUGACAAACGCGUUCUCUUGCAUGAUCAGUGCUAACCCGAGAAGGACACGAGGACGCAAGAAGGCUCAACAACCAUUUAUUGUUUGA